AUGAAAGAAGAGGGAGGCAACACAGCUGCCUCCCCACCUGCAGCUGCCUCCAGCAGCCCCACUGCGAGUCAAGAGAAUGACCAGGCUCAGGCUAACGCGGCAGCUGCCCCUAGCGGCGUCAUCGCUUCUUCCAAGACCCAGAAUGAAGAGCGUUCACGACAGUAUGCAGCAGGCUGUGGCAGGCGCAAGGGAGGAGGGGGGGUCAGAGGCACUCUUUUUAAGGGACGCAGCAAGCACAAACCAGCCCAAGGUGUGGGUAGUGGAGCCGCCGGUGCCGCCGCCUGCGGCAAAUUCACAUCGCCAGAAGCUGUCCUCAGUGCUGCACGCCAGGUGAAGGACUCUCUUCCGCAGCUUUCUCCUGAGCUCCUCGCAAACUUGAAGGCAAGGGGCCUCGAACCGUGCACGCUAAAGGAGGUCCUGGAGGAGAGGGGCAUCGGCUGGGCAGCUACCCAGGUGCGAGACGAACGGGCGGAGUCGGAACAUGCGCGGUUACUGAAGGCUUUUCAGCGGCAGUGCGAGGGAUGGGGGAACAAUAGAGAGGGCUGGGUGCACAGCAAGUGGCACAGCGUUAUUGUCUGCCCAGAUUUCAAACGCGGGGGCCUCCAGGUGGUGCAGGCGGUGCUUGUUUGCGUUACUUUUUUGUUGUCCCGGCCUCCUGGCUUUCAGGUGUCCCGGUCUUCAAUGAGGGAGAUGUGGAAUAGCAUCAUGUCGGUAGUUCACGGAUUUGUGGAUCCAGACCUGGUAGUCUGCAGGGUCACCGACCCUACUCACCCCGUUCGCUUCGCAACUCCCCCAGGCGAGAGCUGCUACACCGUCGUAUACGCCGGAAAGGAGCCGAUAAGGGCCUCCAGAGAAAGAAGAAUACUGGGGGAAUACACAGGGCAUGUAAGGGCGGGAAACACCAACAAGCAGAGAUUCGAGUACGUCUUUGACUUGUCAUUCUGCGCGUUGGCAUGGCGCGCGGCUGAGGAAUUCGAGAAGGACAGUGAUUCAUCAGAAGACGAGGGACUCCUUACUGCAGAUAAACCACCAUCCCCAGCCUCCUCUGAGGCCCUGGGGUCGGGGAACAAGAAGGGGCUGAAGAAGGACGAGAUGGACACCGCAUAUAUUGAAGGCGUACGCAGAGUGCAAGUCACAGGCUCCUCAAAUAUCGAGCGUGUGGCACUCCCUGUUCGCGGAGAGUUGGUAUUGGACUCGCAUGAUGCAUGCAACCAAAUGUCGCUCGUCAAUCACUACGGCACCAUUGGAUUGCUGGGAGAGAAAAUAUGCCACUGCAACACAGAGUGGCAGCAGGUUUUUGUGGACGGUUGGCCACACAUUGUUCUCACCACGAUUCCCGGAGUUGCGAUAGAACCAGGAGAAGAAGUUCUGGCUGACUUCGGCUAUGAUUGGUUCAAUAGGGUGCAAGAUGCCUCCCACAAGGCGAUAGCCCGCGAGCUCCUCGACUAUCGGACUGGUGCUAAAGCAGGCGCCUGUCAGACUCUAGCGCCGGCACGGAGUGCAGACUGUUUAGUGCGGGACAACGACGUGGCGCUGCAGACUCGAGCCCGUAUGGGCGAAGUAUGCCCGUAUUGUCACUCGGACGAGAUACCGCUAGUGUCAACUACCUCCUCGAAGACUUCAGUGAAAAUUACAGACAAUGCGGGCAAGUCGGCAGCAGCGGUCAGGCAAGGACCAGGCGAGAGGCCGCAGAAGACGCAGAUCCAAAGGCAACAGAAGAGUGAGGCAGCAAACGUGGAAGGGAACCAGCAAAUGACGCCUGUAUGGGGUGAACAGGUUGUGCACUGCGACGGAUGUGACAGACCCUGCCAUCUACGUUGUAUCUUCGGGGCACAUGGCGCCAGCCGGAGUCAGCCCGCGCAGCAGCACGAGCAGCAGAAGCUUGAGGAGGUUGCGCAGCAAAUGAAUGAGCAAGAAAAAGACCGGCAGGAGCAGAAUAUUCAGGAGGGACAGCAGCCCCAAAAGCACCGGCAGGGGAGACAGCAGCAACCUAAGGAGCCUCUAAUGCAUCCUGAGGGGUUACUGCAGACAGACGCACCGGCGUCGAUUCAAGAACCUCCAGAUCCCUCCAGCUUUUCAGAGGGACUAAAUGAUGCUUCUAGUGCAUCCCCGCAAGCAACGCAGCCCUUCCCGGAGUUUGGCGUUAUUACUGGCGGAGAGAGUGUAGACGAUGUCUACCGGUGGUUUGUUGAAGGGGACUGCAAGUGGUUUUGCUGCGUCUGCCGGCUUCAGUGGGAGAGAAUGGCAACAGCCAUGAACUUCUCAGUGGACUGGAGAGCCCGCAAGGUGCUUAGCGAGGGAAACCCGCUCCUUUCACCGUUCUUCAGCGACGUUGGGACAACCAGCAUUGUGGCGCCAAAAUCCAGGAAAGGACAGGUGGAACAAACGAACACUCGAGAUGGUUCAUACCGCCCAGGUACUCAAGCAGUGGUUGGCGCAGCUGGCAGCAAACGCAGAGGCUGCAACGUAAGAGCGAACGGGCUCAGUGCCCAUUCCAAGAGACCAAAGAGGGGCACGACGGAGUCCUCUUCGUCUUACCUUAGCAGAAACUUGAAGGGUGUUUUUGGUACAAAUGCAUGCGAAGGGUGCCACCAGGAAACUUUUUCAUCCACCAAGGGAGGACGUGACUCUCGACAGGAGACGGAUGGAUCGGACUCGCAGAGGGGUGAGGUGAGCGGGUGGGAAGCAGGGGCGUCUAUGGGUUCUGCACCGCCAUGCGUUGUAGACGCCGAACCUCCUUUCUCUGAUGCUGCUAAGAGAACUGGCGAAGCCGGCGAAUCCUUCUCAAGCUGUCAAGCUGAUUUCAAGACGGCUCGGUUGAGCGAAAAACUGACGGAAGCAACGCCCCUCACGAGACCCGAGGAAGUGCCCGUAAAUCUGGCUGUGCACGGCAGCGAAACGCCGCAGAUUGUGAAGGAGGACGUUGAUGCUGUGUCAGCUCUGCCGAUUGGCACAAGCAGUGUGUCCCCGGGGUGCAGAAAAACCAGGGACGGCACGAAAAAUGGGGAACCUACUGACGUCAGACCCAGUGAUGCGGAUGGCGGUGUUGAGAAGAAGCACGCUAACGGUCUGGUGAUUGAGGAAGCAAUGCGUGUGUACAAAAACAGCAGCGAAAAAAGGCAAAACAGCAAAAUGCAGCCGUGCCCUGUGGCUUUGACACCGGAGGAGUAUUCGAGCGAGGAACUGCUUGGCUGCCGGACGGAUAUGCCGGUAGAACCUCGAGCGCUUUUGGGCUCGCUGCAGCCUUGUGUGCACUGCUAUAAGUUGUACGGGACGAAGGCGAGCGUCGAGGUCUGCAGGCUGACGAAACGGCACCUAGCGUCUAAUUGGGAUCAUCCGCACUUUGUUUCUCCUGCACAGAUACAGGACGCACUUCUCACGUGCUUCCAAGACGCCCUGCUGACGGUGCAGAAAGAGCAUCAACAAAAACUGCAGAAGCUUUUCGACAACAUGACGCCGCUGCAGCGGGGGGCAAACAUGAACGCUCUUAUGGUCGGAAAUAGACAACCAAGGAUCCAUGAGAACGCUGCUCGCCGCAGCGCGGAGAACACGCAAAAGCCGCAAGUUCACGAGACCGAGACAGUGUGGAAAGGAAGCAUUCCGUUGCUCUGUGUUACUUUGGGGAAAACAAGGGUGGACUACCAGUUUCCGGACGGCCCGUCAAAGAAAAAGUGGUAUUACGGGGUAGUGAGUAACUACCAGGCGAUUUCAAGUAAGGUUGCAGACGCCGACGCGGAAAGAAAUUCGGAGGGAAGAAAAGAAGACGAAAAGGAGAAGAAGAUCACGUAUUACACAAAUCAAUUCCGAAUAGACUACAAUGACGGAGAUUUCCAAACUGUUCCGCCCCAUGAAUUGAUUGAAAUGCUCAUUGAAACAGGACCUGGCAGCAAACUAGACGGUCGGAAAGCUAUCACAACAACUCCUCUAGUCAAAAUGCUCUCCCCAGAGCUGAAAAGGGCUAGUCGCCGAGUUAAUCAACUUGUCCGAGAGACUAACAGGAAAGGUUGCGUAGUAGAGUCGGAAUCUGACGAUGAAUAA